AACAUCACUACAUGAGAGGAUGUCAUAUUGAUACGACUUAAAACAGCUGGAAACUCCUGAUCAGUAUGUUGACACAUGAUUAAUGGUUGGUAUUUUCCAUUGUGUGUGCUUCAAAUGCAUUCUUACGGCAAAUGCACAUAAUCACAAGAAGUCACAAUCUAGAACAUCAAGAUUAAUUAUUACAUUGAAAGCCUUUUCAAUAAAAAAAAAUAAUUACUACAAACAAAAUGUAAUAUUCGUUGAAUUAGUUUUAUGAUGCCAUCGCAUGCAAAUAUGCAUACAAUCGAAAAAAUCACAUAAAACAAAUAUAUGAAGUAUAUAUCUUGUCGCCUCACUGUAAACUCUUAUAUGAACACAAACAUCCAUGGGAAUAUAUUAAUUAUGUUCAUGGUCUACGAUAAUAAGGCACGAUGAUUUUGUAACCUUUUAAUAUAUUUUUAUUAGUUAAAUAGACAUUUAUAGUUGUCUUUCCAAUCAUGGAAAAUUAACUACUUGACAAACACAUACAGCUUCAAAGUAUAAUUUAAUUAUUGUUAACUACUAAAUAAAAAAAAAAAUACUAAAAGGUAAGCAACUCUCCGUUACCAAAUUAACAAGAAUCACUUCCAAAUUUUCGCUUUAAAUUUAUUAUUUAUUUUGUUUUUUCCGCGUUACAUAUAAAGUGUUUAAUUAUUAUUCCUUCUUCAACCUCUAAUACUAUCAUCUAGAUAUAUGCUAGCUUAUUUUCCGGAGCUAGGGUUUUUAUUUGUAUCUUCUAUAGUUUUUCUUUUUUGAGAUUGUAGUUGUUGAUGGCGAAUCAUUCAUGGUCAAACGGUGAUAUGAAUCACCAAAACACAUACUUCGGAAACUCCACGAUGUCGCCGGAAAGCUCAGGGAUGAAUCACCUCUCAGGUACCGCCACGAAUUGGAGCUCUGAAGAACAGGCCAUUCUCGAAGAUGCUCUUGUUAGGUAUUCGUCAGACCCGAGUCCGAGUAUCUCACGUUACGCAAAAAUAGCGUCGGAGCUACAUCACAAGACCGUUAGAGACGUUGCUUUGCGUUGCAGAUGGAUAAACAAAAAGAGAAGAAAAUUAGAAGAUCAUAAUGGGUUGGGAGGAGUUGACAACAAGGAGAGUAUAGAUAAGGUGGUGGCUUCAAACUCAGCUCCACAUCUUCUUAGAGAAGAAGAUGGUAAGUGUAUAUAUCUUUGUCUCAAGAUCAGACAAGGAGAUCUUAUCCUAAUAAAUAAAGAUUCGUUUCAUGAUAAUGCAGGGGUCAUCAUUGAGCUUCUUAAACAAAACGAGCUAUUCCUCAAUCAGAUCCAUACAAAUCUCACAUCCUCCUCAAUGUUAAAAGAGAACUUAAAACUGUUCUGCAAAACGCGCCAAAACAUCAAGAACCUUCUCAAAAACUUGCAGGAGAAUGCGCCAGAGCCGAUGAAGCGUAUGCCAUGGCCUGAGAAGUUGAGUGAUGAUCAUGAUGAGCUACUUGAUUCAAUCCUUGAUCUCUCAGCUUCACCAAGGCAGCAACCAUCGCCAGAGGAAUUUGAUCAUGAUCAGCUACUUGGUUCACUCUUUCGUCCCUCAACUUCACCAAAGCAACCAUGAAUUAACAAGACUCUUUUGUUUUUUUUGUUUCUCUUCAGUUUUUAGGUUUUAUUGUUUUUUUUUUCAGUAGAGACCCUAACGUAGAACACAAGUUUAAUUAGCUGAUGUAAACUUUUGAUUGAAAGAAGCUUUUCUAGUGUUAAAUGUCAAGAAGUCAAAGAAAAAGUUUGACUUUUUCAUAUUAAAAAAAAAAAAAGGAGCAAACUAUUUGGUCAUCAUAACUUGGAGUUAAGAUCACAAGUUCAAAUCUUUGUAAUAAUUA